AUGAUACCCUCUGGGCUUGUUAUGGUUCAAAAUAUUCCUAUUACCAAAGUCAUAACCACAUGUUUGUUUUCAUUCAUAUUUUGUGGUGAGUUGAAGUCAAGUUCUUCAGCCUUUGUAAAUGCUAAACGUCAUGGUGGAGGUAGCAUUGUGAUUGAUGAUCGUAAUCAUAAUAUAUUUUGGUUCAUGCAGAUCACAGAUUUGCACCUCAGCAAGUUUGGUCACAAAGACAGAGGAGAAGAUUUGCGCGAAUUUUGUUCCACCCAUAUUCCUGUGAUUCAACCAGAACUUGUAAUCGCAUCUGGUGAUAUCACCGAUGGUAAAAGUAGCAUUAUUCCUGGGUCAUCGCAACACAUAGAGGAGUGGGAGAAUUAUAAAUCAGUGCUUGUGAAUUCUGGUGUGUUGAAGCUAACGAAGUGGUUUGACAUCCGUGGGAAUCAUGGUAAGCUGUUCAAUCUGUUUUUAAUCUUAUUUCAGAUGCUUUUGACGUACCCUCAUCGGGGCAUGCACGUGAUUAUUACAGUCAGUUUGGUGUCAAGGGCAAACCACCAACAAAGUCGUACAUAUUCAAAGUUUCAAAGUCAUAUGGUCAAUACUCAUUUGUAA